AUGGCGACUCCGGACCUCCAAAACAGCUAUGGCCCUGAAAUGGCUCAGGCAGGCCACGACCUUCCUCAGGCCGUGGUAGGUGACGGCCCUGAAGCGGUGUACCCUGGCCAACAGCACCCAGUAGCAUCGGCCUACAGCGAGCAAUACGCAAAGGACAACAACCAAUACAGCAACAGUCCUCCGGGAGCUCCAAUACAACCACAACAGAAGAGGAGAGUCCUCGGUCUGCCUGUUGUGGCAUUUUGGGGCAUUAUUAUAGGAUUGGUGCUCGCCCUGGCGGGGAGGAAGUUCAGCGGCGGUGGAGACGACCAGCAGUGCGAGCGCGGGUGCUGCGACAACAUCUGCCGCAACAGCAACGGCUUCGAGUACAACGGCGAGUAG